AUGUGGGGAGCUGCGCUCUGCCAAGACGGUCUGGUCAUGUCGGUGUCAUCUCUCCUGAUCGCGUUCGUGUUCCAGCCCCUGGCCAAGAACGCCAUUCUCACUGGCCGUAGCAUCCUCGACCUCCUCGGACGCAACGGCGACGCCAGCGUCGUCCCUGACGCCCCACGGUCGCAUUGCAAGCAGUGCGCCGCGAGGUAUGGCCGGGACGGGGACUGCGGGCGCCUGUCCGGCUCUGACGCCGCGGCGGUCACCGCGAGCAUCGGCAUGCCGCUGUCGUCGUCGACGUCGGUGUGCGGCGUCUGCGAGGCGAUGGGGGUGGUGGAGGAGGUGGCGUGGGGCAGCAAGGAGGCCGCGGAGGCUGAGCUGCGGGAGGCGUUCGGGGUGUUCGACCGGGACGGAGACGGGUACGUGAGCGCGGCGGAGCUGUGGGGCGUGCUGCGGAGGCUCGGCAUGGCCGAGGGCGCCAGGUACGAGGACUGCGCCGCCAUGGUUGCCGCCGCGGCCGCACGGCACGGCGACGCCGGCGGCGACAGGGUCGGGUUCCGCGAGUUCAGGGCCAUGAUGGAACACGCGGUUUAG